ACCAGGCCUCGCCAUGACGACGGGCGAGUGCUGCCACCUGCCGGGCUCUCUGUGUGACUGCGCUGGGAACGCUGAGCUGUCCAAGAGCGUGGAGGAGUCGGACACACGGCAGGCCCAGUACGUCACCCAGGUCACUGCCAAGGAUGGCAGACUGCUGUCCACCGUCAUCAAGGCCCUGGGAACGCAGAGUCAGAGGCGCAGUUCCGCUGACCGCUGUGCCCCUGUCUGCUUCAGCGACGGCCCCAUCUGCCGGAUCUGCCACGAGGGCGCCAGUGGGGAGGGUCUGCUGUCCCCCUGCGACUGCACCGGCACCCUGGGCACCGUCCACAAGAGCUGCCUGGAGAAGUGGCUCUCCUCCUCCAACACCAGCUACUGCGAGCUCUGCCACACCGAGUUCACUGUGGAGCGCCGGCCCCGCCCCCUCACUGAGUGGCUGCGGGACCCCGGCCCGCGGAACGAGAAGCGCACGCUGUUCUGCGACAUGGUCUGCUUCCUGUUCAUCACGCCGCUGGCGGCCAUCUCGGGCUGGCUGUGUCUGCGGGGCGCGCAGGACCACCUGCACUUCAACAGCCGCCUGGAGGCCGUGGGGCUCAUCGCCCUCACCGGGGCCCUCUUCACCAUCUACGUCCUCUGGACCCUGGUGUCAUUCCGCUACCACUGUCAGCUGUACUCGGAGUGGAGACGAACCAAUCAGAAGGUCCGCUUGCUCAUUCCCGACGCCAAGGGGGUGCACUCUACCCAGCAUUCCCUGCUCUCCACCAAGCUGAUGAAGAAGACUGCGGACGAGACCAUCGUAUGAGCGGGCGGCGCAGGGGGGACGCGUCCGGACGCCAUUUUGUUGUCCCUUCUUCCCCCAUUCGAUUCCAUUUGUUUCCUAAUUUUUUUUUUGUUUUCUUUUUUUGUGCCACGCGUACCCUCUCUCCCGUUUCCUCUUGACGGUGUCCGGGCCUGCACCUCCACCCACCUAUAUACACACGGAUACGGAUGACGUGAUUGGCUGGUUUGCUUUCUCCUGUCGGUUUGGAGACCCUGGGCAUGGGG